AUGCCAGGAGCCAUUGCCCUAGCUGGCAUUUUUCUAGUUACUGUGGUUGAAAUGGUCUUCAGCCCCGCACGACAUGUGUGCCGUGGUGGGCUCAAAGUCUCUGAGCAGAAGGUGUCUCGGUCCUACCCAGACGAGGUCAAAAGACCGAUCUGUACUAGGGUCGAAAGUCAAUCGCAUUUGCGUGACCUUGGCCCAUUGAUUGGCAGGCAGUCUAGCGUGAGUCGGACUAUCAACCGCAUGGGUGAAGAUUCCGAUCGCAUCAUGCGGAUUGCUUCUGCUCCUGAAGGCAUGCGAGCAUUCCAAGCAAGCAAAGUACAGCCUUUCGAGGACGUGGAACGAAGCGAUGAUCUCGCUCUCACUCCUGAGCAGAAACACAAAAAAGCUGUCAUGCAGGUUUUCCUGUUGGAAAUGGGGAUUCUUUUUCACAGCGUAUUCAUCGGCAUGUCCCUCAGCGUGUCGGUAGGCAGCGAGUUUGUGAUCCUGUUGAUUGCCAUCGUAUUCCAUCAAACAUUCGAGGGUCUCGCAUUGGGUUCUCGCAUCGCUGCCCUCGAUUGGCCGGAGAAAGCCAUCCAGCCAUGGCUUAUGUCCUUGGCUUAUGGAUGCACAACACCGAUCGGCCAGGCAAUAGGCCUUGCAACACAUACCCUCUACAGCCCAGAUUCAGAAGUAGGACUGCUCCUGGUGGGCACCAUGAAUGCAAUAUCCUCUGGUCUUCUCAUAUUUGCCUCUCUCGUCGAAUUGAUGUCGGAGGACUUUCUCAGUGACGAAAGCUGGCGUGUUCUCCGGGGCCGGAAACGUGUUUUUGCAUGUCUACUAGUUUUCAUGGGCGCUUUUUGCAUGAGCCUUGUUGGAGCAUGGGCAUAG